UCAGGCACAGAGACCCGGCGAGACAGACACGACAACUACGAUGGCUCGACCUACGAGACCCUUCACCCACGGCCGCCCCCUCUUCCUCCUCUUUCUCCUGUUCCUGCUGUUCCUGCUCCCGCUGUGCUCCAGCCUCGCACCCACUUCCAGCGAGCAGGCUCAGGAAACAGCGGACAGAUUGGCCCCGAUCUCAGGGACGGCAGGAGUCCCACAAGGCUUCAUGGCCCGUCUCCAGAGAACCCGGAGACACAAUUCCCACUUCCCCAUCUGCUCCUUCUGCUGCGGCUGUUGCCGGAACCGGGACUGCGGCUUUUGCUGCCGAACCUGACCGGACGGGACGGAGCGGAACCAGACGCAGACCAAACACAUAUCGGCCCCGACACGACCUGGACCGAACCCGGGCCCUCGCUGCCCUUCCCGCCCUAUCCCGUCCCAGUCCAUAUUUAUAUGUCCAGCCCAGCCUCAGCAAUAAAGGUUUUUCCAGAUG